UGAAGCGGCCUCUGCUCCGAGCAGCCGUCGGUGCUGCACUCAGGAUGUGUGAGGCCCAUCUGAUCUCCCCAGAGCCCUCUGACCCCAUUCAAUACUGUGGGGAGUCAUCUGACAGCUACUGCCAUCUGGACCGCUGGCAGAGGCUGCGCACGGCUGUCAGGAAGCUGGAGUUCUGGGAAAAUUUCAACACUGAGCUCAUAGGCAGUGGCUUCUUCUCCGAGGUCUACAAGGUGACCCAGGCUGCUGCCUGUAAGGUGAUGGYGGUGAAGAUCUACAAGAAUGACGUGGACCAAGAGGUGAUCGUGCGUGAGAUCAGCCUAUUGCAGAAGCUAACCCACCCCAACAUUGUCAGGUACCUUGGGAUAUGUGUGAAGGAUGACAAGCUGUACCCCAUUUUGGAGUACGUGAAUGGUGGUUGCCUGGAGGAGCUCCUAGCCAGCAAAGACAUUGCUUUGACAUGGAAGGAAAAAGUGGACUUGGCUUCUGACAUCACCAGAGGCAUGAUCUACCUGCACUCCAAGAACAUCUACCACCGAGAUCUCAACUCCAAGAACUGCCUCAUUCGAGUGACGCCGCAGGGCCGCGAGGCACUGGUGACUGACUUUGGGCUGGCCAGGGAGGUGGUGGAGCUGCCUGUGAAAGAUGUGGAGAGGAAAUUGUCUCUGGUGGGCUCUGCUUUCUGGAUGGCUCCUGAGAUGCUGCGGGGGGAGCCCUAUGACUGGAAGGUGGAUGUGUUUUCCUUUGGCAUUGUCCUUUGUGAAAUCCUGGGCAGGAUCUCAGCUGACCCUGAAGUKCUUCCCAGGACACAGGAUUAUGGCUUGGAUGUUGCUGCCUUCCAAGGAAUGAUCAGCGAAUGCCCCAAGCAGGUGAUGGACCUCGCUGCUAGCUGUUGUCGGGUGGAAGCAUUUAAAAGGCCGUGUUUCUCCAAAAUCAUGGAUGAGUUGGAGAAUGUCACAGAGACCCUGGAACCCAGGAGGGACAAUCAGCUUUUGGGCUGAGCUGUCUGCCUCCUUUGAGUCUUGGCAGAGAUACCCAAACUGGGACAGCACUCACUCUUCUGUGUCAGCUGUGGGGAGGAGUCCAGCAGCACCAGCGCCGGAAGAAGAAACCCAUUUCUG